AUGUGGCUCGAUCUCUGCGACCCCGAGCGACACUUCCACCAAGUCGUUCCCCAACGGGCGAGGAGUUGUCCACCGCUGAUGAACGCGAUCCUCGCAGCGUCUGCCAGACAUCUCACCCGCGUCCCAAAAUACAGAACCGAGUCUGGCGCAGUCAAAUAUGGUGGACGUACACUGCAUGACCUGACCGACGAAACUGCCCUGCACUACCAUAGCAAAUGUAUCCAGGACCUGCUGGAACUGGGCGCGAACCCCGAGCAAACGGGCAACGAGGACCUCCUGGCUGCGGCGAUUAUUCUCCGGUUCUAUGAAGAGAUUGACUAUCCGCUGCAGGAUGAGCAGAAAGACGAUGAAGUGUUUCUCCGCGUCCUUAAUAUGUUUAUUGAGGCUCAGAUACCGAACAUGGCAGUCGGUUCUCAGGCCCUCUCGACGGUGGCGGGCGAAAUAUCAACAUCGCCUGGUGAGAUCUAUAGUUCUCCCUCAUCAAAUGUAUUUAGAAAUACUACGUCUCUUGAGUCCCGGUGGUACAUGUCCAGCCUCCGACAGGCUGCGUUCUGGGUCGCCUUCCGACAAGAAGUAUACUCAGCCUUCCUCAAGCAACGACCAUUCAGCAUGUCGCUCUCUCGAUGCGACAUCUUCCGCUCAUUCACCCCAGGCGAAGACGGCCUAUGGACCGCGCGGCUGGUUAUUUUCUGCGCGGACAUUCUGGAAUUCUGUUACGGCAACACAGCACAUUCCACAGCCCAGGCCACGCAAACACAAACACAACCGCAUCCACAUCCACAUCCACAUCCAAAGGAACGGUGGGCGCAGCUGAAAUGCCUGUCCCAAAAAUGGAUCGAUUCCCUCCCUUGCAGUUUCGAACCGAUCUAUGUGCGCGAGCCAGAUCGGCGCCAGGGCGAGGUAUUCCCGGAGAUAUGCUACCUGACGAAUAUCCAUGUGGCUGGUGUGCAGCAUAUCGAGCUUGCGCGGAUCUUGCUUGCGGUGUACGACCCGGACAUACCGAGGCUGGGACUUGGGCGUAAGGAGAGUAUGCGGGCGCUGAGCGAGGAGCUGAGGGCUGCGGUUUUGAGGCUGUGUGGGAUUGCAGUGUGUAACCGGCAGAAUCCGCCGUCGUUGACGACAGCGUUGCUCGGGAUUGUGGUCUGCGGGGAGCACUUUGAGGAUCGGGUUGAGCAGAUGGCGCUGAUGGAGUUGUUGGAUGAGUUGGACUAUCACCAUGGCUGGCCUGUGGGAUAUUAUAGAGAGCGAUUGAAGCAGUCGUGGGGGUGGCCGUAG